AUGGCACACGGAGCGGAGGACUGCGCAACUGUCCUGGAGCAGUUCGUUCACGAUGUUGCGAACCUCCCGGCCGAGAUCAACCACCUGAUGGAAGAAAUCCAGGCCAAGGACAAGAUCAUGCAAGAGUGUCGCUCAACCAUCAACUCCCGCGACAGCAGCAUUCAGAAAUUCAUCAAACUGAACGGCAGUCUGGCGCCAAACCCCAAAGAGGAGCAAUAUGGCAAGACCAUCCUAGAAAACAUGGAUAAAUCGCACGAACUACAGACGGAGAAGAUCCAACUCAGCGAGAAGGCCUGCGUCCUCCUCGAUCGCCAAAUCAAGCGCCUAGACGUGCGCAUUCGCGAUCUAGUCAACGAGGGCCUUCUCACAAACGACCCUCCCCUACCAUCCCUCUUCGACUCAAAGAACAAAUACCGCAACCCACCCAAAGUCUUCUUCCCAGACUCAACACCCUCCGAAUCCCCAGCCUACUCAACCCCUCUCCACCAAACCUCUGGCAACGCAAACCCAAUCCUAGCAGCCGCCCAACGCCUCAACCAAUCCACAACACCACGCCCACAAGGCUCAGCAGCCCAGCUCGCUCAAUCUACAGCCCGCAGCUCCGCACCCGCCACCCCCGCCGCUGCCGCAGUCGUCCACCUCCAACAACGCCAGCGCGAAUCCUCAGCAGGCGCAGUGGACUCCAAGCGCCGCCGCCUGAACCCAGCACUCGGCACUCUCCCCGCCGCAUCCUCAAACCUGCGCCAAUCAUCUCUCGGCCCUGGAACACCCAAACCAGGCACGCCGGCCGGUAGUCGCGCGGGGAGUGUACCGCGCUCUAGCGCCGUGAUCAAGAAGGCGUUGACGAAGAAGAUCGCGCCCCACCAGCAGGUCAAGAAGCUUAAGACUUCAAAUGGGAAGUUGAUUAAGCGGUCUUCGAGUAGUGGACGCAUCAAGGCUUCGAAGAAAUCGCCUAACGGCGAGGGUGACGAGGAUGAUGAUUCCAUGCUUAGUAGUGCUGAUACCUCCGAUUCGGAUAAGAGUGAUGGUGGUGCGGAUGAGGAUGUCGAUGAUGAGGAGGAGGAUGAGGGAAAUGAGGAUUCGAAGGUCUAUUGUACUUGUCGGACGGUCAGCCAUGGGGACAUGGUUGCUUGCGAUAAUGAUGAAUGUCCUUACGAGUGGUUCCAUUGGAAGUGUGUUGGGUUGACGAGGGAGCCUGUGGGAACGUGGUAUUGUGAUGAAUGUCGGCGAACUCUGGGCAAAUAG